AUGCCAUCAGAAUCCGAUAAGAAACGCGCAGAGGCAAAAGGGAAGAAGAAGGAAGAAGAGGAAAUCAAAGCGAAACGAAAGGCUUAUAUGAAGAAAUGUGAUCCGUCCAGGGUAGAAGAACUUUUAGAUGGAGAUGAAAUAGGUAAAAAAUGGUUCGAACAAGGUAAAUGGAGGCCUGGUUGGGCCAAUGUCGAAUUUGACGGUGACGCAUGUUUAAGUAAUCAACUUAAAAAUAAAGCAGAUGGGUUUUAUGCACCUGCAGGAACUAUCUUACCUUUAGGAGCUCAGAUGCCAGAAAUGACAGUACUGAAAUAUGGCGGAUAUUUCCCCGAAGGUACUUCUUUCCCUGGAGGUGUAUCCGUCCCUAUGCAUGCUAGAAUGGUGAACCUAUUGCCUGAGGAGACUAAACCUAAACAUGAUCCGAAAAUAGACGAGUCGAUGUGUUUACUCCAAUAG